CGUGCCCAGUGGGAGCCAAUGUCCAACAGCAGCUCCCUGAAUGAGUUCCUCCUCCUGGCAUUUGCAAACACACGGGAGCUGCAGCUCUUGCACUUCUUGUUCUUCCUCAGCAUCUACCUGGCUGCCCUCUUGGGCAACGGUCUCAUCAUCACUGCCAUAGCCUGUGACCGCCACCUCCACACCCCCAUGUACUUCUUCCUCCUCAACCUCUCCCUCCUCGACCUUGGCUCCAUCUCCACCACUGUCCCAACAUCCAUGACCAACUCUCUGUGGGACACCAGGGCCAUUUCCUACUCAGGAUGUGCUGCUCAGGUCUUUUUCUUCUUUUUCUUGUUUUCAGCAGAGUAUUCUCUCCUCACAGUCAUGGCCUAUGACCGCUACAUUGCCAUCUGCAGACCCCUGCUCUACGGGACCCUCAUGUGCAGCAGAACCCCUGUCAAAAUGGCAGCAGCUGCCUGGGCCAGUGGUUUUCUCAAUGCUCUCCUGCACACUGUCAACACAUUUUCAUUACCUCUCUGCCAAGGCAACACAGUGGACCAGUUCUUCUGUGAGAUUCCCCACAUCCUCAAGCUCUCCUGCUCAGAUUCCUACCUCAGGGAAGCUGGGCUUCUUGUGGUUAGUCUGUGUUUAGCCUUAGGGUGUUUUGUUUUCAUUGUGCUGUCCUACGUGCAGAUCUUCAGUGCUGUGCUGAGGAUCCCCUCUGAGCAGGGCCGGCACAAAGCCUUUUCCAUGUGCCUUCCGCACUUGGCUGUGGUCUCCUUGUUCAUCAGCUCUGGCCUGUUUGUUUACUUGAAGCCCCCUUCGAUCUCAUCACCAGCUCUGGAUCUUGUGCUGGCUGUUCUGUACGCAGUGGUCCCUCCAACUCUGAACCCCCUCAUCUACAGCUUGAAGAACAGGGAGCUCAAGGAUGCACUGAAGAAAAUGAUCCGAUGGGUACAAGAUAGUGAAGAGGCUGAGGAGACUCCAUCUCAUGACAUGCACAUCCAGCAGCGCCAAGAGGAAUCAUGCCCGGUGGCAGCUACUUGUAGCACAACAGGGGCAAAGGAGACCCUGGGCACCUACAAGUCCCUGGGGAGAACCCCUGAGGAUCAGUCUUCAGAGACUGAUUAG